CUGCCAUCACAAUGUCUGAGCUGGCAUAUAGGCAGCUCUCUGACCAGUGAGGGGCACACUUGGUAGGAGGAGGCACUGGCAUCCUGACGCCCCUGGACCAGUGGGACAGAACCAGCGAACAGGAUGUCUAGAAGGCGAAGGCCCCGGCGCCGUCAGGGACCCAGGAGAAGAGCCAGGCGCCCUCAGGGACCGAGGAGGAGCGUGGGCUCCCGCUCCAGGAGAGCCCAGCUGCAGUUCUCCGUCAGCCGCAUGGAGCAUCUCCUGCGGGAGAGUCCCUACAUGAAGCGCCUGAGCCCAUCCACACCCAUCUUCCUGGCCGGCAUUCUCGAGUACCUGACGGCCAAAGUCCUGGAUCUGGCGAGCAAGGAGGCCCGCAGUGACCACAAGACGCGCAUCACCCCAGAGCACGUGCAGAGAGCGCUGGGCAGCCAUCAGCACCUCAGCUGCCUCCUUGAGGGACACUCCUCCUCUCGGUCCAUCAGAUGCCCCCCCGCUAAAAAGGGCCGAGGCCUGAGU